GACUUUUUCACCUAUUGAUUGAGCAAACUUUUGUUUACAAAAUUCCAAACCGCAACUGGCCGGAAACAAUAAACUUUUGUAACGAGGAAGUGACUGAAUGUAAUUUCCAUUUACGAUCAGGCAGUCUGUAGGCCAACAUUGUGGUGAAAAUGGAAGCAAAUACUCUUGGAUAUGUCCAUGAAUUAAAAUUCAGAGAACUCACUGCCAAAGGAGAGAAUGAAUCCAUCAAAACUAAUGUUUAUUCUGUCAUCAAGUUGACUAAAACAGUCAGUGAAUUUUGCCACAAGCUGGCUGGAAUUAAGGAGCAGACUGCAGUAAGUUUGAAUGCUCUGGUUGAAACAUUCAGAAGGAAGACCAUAGAGAUAAGAAAAAGGCCAGAAUGUCAAAGCAAAACAUUUUUAGAUGCAUGGGAUGCUAUCCUUGGUGAGGUGGAAAAUGAAGCCAAGGAUCUGACAGAACUUGGACAGCAGCUCCAAAGAAGUGUUGCUUGCCCAUUGCUAAGAACAGCAGAGAGAAAAAAGCACUUUUGUAAAAAGAGUUUUGCAUAUCGUGAAUCCUAUCAGAUCCAGAUAAGUAAAUCAGAAGAUGAACUGAAUAAGAGGCAUAAAGACUACUCAGAUGCCUGGUACAAAUUUAACACACACGAGAAAGAAAAUUUAAAGGAUCAUCAUAUUGCUGUUUAUCACAACGAACACAACUCAUUUCUUUUACAACUAGCCAAUGUAAACAGUAUGAACGAAACGCAUUAUAAACACACCGUUCCCGACAUCCUUGACGAUGUAGAAACAAUACACAAAGAUAUGAACGAUUCUCUUUUGAAAUAUCUAAAACAGUUUCUUGGCAUCCAGAAAGAUACGCUAAAUAAACUAAUAACACGGAUGGAUAACGCUGUCGAAGUUGCGAAGAAAAUUGACGUUGAUGCGGAUAUAACAAAUUUCGUAAAAUUCGCGAAUCACAGCUUACAUGAUCGCGAAAUCCCGUUCAGACAGUUCUUCAAACCAAAAGCAACUAAGGAAUUCAAGGAUCAAGAGACAAAACAGCUAACGUACCUUGACAAAGCCAUAAUUGUUGACCAAUUCACAGAGCCAAUGCUUAAGAGAACCGUUGCAUAUUCAAGAAAACGGAUAGCUGAACUUGAUGCAUCGAUGCGAACACUGCAGUCACAAAUCAACACAUCAAAAGAGCUGCUGCAAAGGGAUAAAGAAUCGAACGACAAUCAAGAGCCAUCGGUUGAUGAGAUCGAAGUGCUUCAUAAGACAAAUGAUUUCAGGGAUCAGCGAAGUCUGCAAAAUACCCUCUACGCUCAGAUGACUUUGUUCACAGACGAAAUUUUGGAGCAACUGGGCCCUAUAUCGGAUGAUUAUGCAAACGAUAUUGGAAAACAGAAAACAAUAACAAUUGGAAGACCAAAUGACAAGACCAUCUAACACGAAAAGAAAAACCGCACCAGUUUAUAGAACAUAACUUUCUCAAACCAGCUCAGUGUCAUUACUGCAAAGGAAUAAUUGUUGGUCUCGUGAAGCAAGGACUGAAGUGCCAGAGAUGUAGAAUGAACGUGCACAAAAAAUGCAAACGAAACGUGGCGUUCUGUGUCGAGUCGCCGAAAGAGUCU